AACCCUAGAUUAUAAUUCCCUUUCCGCCAGCUCGGAUUCUCCAUUCUCCUCUGUCAUUAACGUCUCCUUCUUCUUCGCUUUCUUCUCCCAAUCGUCCAUUCUCUGUAGAAUUCUUCUUCUCUCAAACAAUCCUCCCUUCUCUAAUUCUCCUCCUCGGAGAAGAAGACUAGGUUUAGGUGAAGUUUCUCCUCCUCCUCUUCUUCUUCAGCUUCCGGUAACAAUUUGUCCGCCGGAGGGGAAGUAAAAUUGUAACAAUGGUGAUGUCAGUGGUGUCGCCGAGGAGAUCGAUAAGAGAUACAGUAAUUCAAAGUGUUGGAUAUUUGAAUAGUCAUCAUUAUAAUAAUAAUACCAAGAGAAUUACGAAUGGUGCAGCUUCAGAUGAUGAAUCUACAGUUGAAUUAACACAGAUUGGUGCUGAAACUACUAAGAAUGUUUUGAUCUUAAUGAGUGAUACUGGUGGUGGCCAUAGAGCUUCUGCUGAAGCUAUUCGUGAUGCUUUUAGACUCGAAUACGGCGACGAAUAUCGGAUCUUUGUGAAGGAUGUGUGGAAGGAAUACACAGGAUGGCCAUUAAAUGAUAUGGAAAGCCAAUACAAGUUUAUGGUGAAACAUGUACAGCUUUGGAAGGUUGCUUUUCACAGUACUUCCCCUCGUUGGAUUCACUGCGUUUAUCUUGCUGCCAUUGCCGCCUUCUACGCCAAAGAGGUGGAGGCUGGUCUGAUGGAAUACAAACCAGACAUCAUAAUUAGUGUGCAUCCCCUUAUGCAACACAUUCCCUUAUGGGUGCUUAAAUGGCAAAACCUUCAGAAGAAGGUUGUCUUUGUUACUGUUAUUACAGAUCUCAACACCUGCCAUCGCACAUGGUUCAACACUGGUGUCAACCGAUGCUACUGCCCUUCGGACGAGGUUGCCAAGAGGGCAUUGGUUGAUGGCCUAGAGUCUUCCCAGAUUCGCGUGUUCGGUUUGCCAGUCAGGCCUUCGUUUUGUCGGGCAGUUCUUAUAAAGGAUCAAUUACGGGAAGAACUACAGAUGGAUCCUAAUUUGCCUGCGGUGUUGUUAAUGGGUGGUGGCGAAGGGAUGGGUCCUGUAAAGAAAACUGCAAGAGCUCUCGGCGAAGCACUAUUCGAUGCAGAACUUGGUAAACCAAUUGGACAGAUCAUCAUCAUAUGCGGCCGUAACAAAAUCUUAGCUUCUACACUAGAAACUGGUCCAUGGAAAGUCCCAGUAAAGAUCAGAGGAUUCGAGACCCAAAUGGAGAAAUGGAUGGGUGCUUGUGACUGCAUUAUAACCAAAGCUGGACCUGGAACCAUUGCCGAGGCACUGAUAAGGGGCCUUCCAAUCAUCCUCAAUGAUUUCAUCCCAGGACAGGAAAAAGGAAAUGUCCCUUAUGUGGUAGAGAACGGAGCAGGAGUUUUCUCUCGAAGUCCAAAGCAAACAGCAAGCUUAGUUGCAGCAUGGUUCAGCACGAAAUCUGACGAACUAAAGAGAAUGUCUGAAAACGCACUUAAAUUAGCACAACCAGAGGCCGUAUUCAACAUUGUUAGAGACAUUAACGAUUUAGCACGGCAACGUGAGCCCCUCGCGAAUAUACCAUUUUCACUGACUUCUUCCUUUUGUUCUUAUCCAAUCUAAUCCUUAAUGCAAGACCCGUCAGCUAUCAAAUCCCAUGUUGCCAUCAAGUAGUAAGUCUAUUUUGAUUCACAAAAAAAGUAGUAAGUCUAUUUUUUUCUUUCUAAAGGCCGCUUCCCACUUAGUACGCGCUUAAUGUACAGUAGUUGUAAUUCUUUUGGCCUUCUAACCGUGGCUUGGAUUGCUGAAUAAUUUGUUGUAAAGAGAAUUCUUUUAUGCAAGUUUGUUUGUGUUUUGGUUAUGUAUUUUUUCUUUCUUGGUUGCUUAAAAUAGAAAGUUCUUUGGCUUAUUCUAUAUACACUGAAAUGGUGUGAAAUGGAGCUGGUAACUUUCUUCCUCAA